AUGACUAGUAUGGUUACGCGUUCAUUACUACCAUUACCAUUUCUAGUUCUGGCAAUAGUUAACGCUAAUGCCGCAGUAAUUUCCAAUAAUACCGUUUUAUCAUCUUCCACGAAUGGGGAAAUAUUAAAUGAUUCGAUAGGAAAUGGAAUAUUUUUUGUGGCCGGCAUCAUAACAUCAUUCGCGAACAUCGUAGGGUGUUCAACGAUAAUGAUAGUUACUUUUAAUACGUGGAAAAAGUCGAAAAAGUUAUCCCCCACACAAAAAUUUCCAUUUUACAUGUCAAUAAUGGACUUAUUAAUCGCUCUUAUAACGAUUCCCAAUCUGUUUUAUCCAAUGAUGAAUUAUGAAUUAUUAAGUUCCGGGAAUUUGUGUCAAAUUAUUGGGUUUAACAUGUCGUUAUUAAUCACCAUGAACAUGAUUCUAAUGACUAUCGUCGCAAUUAAAACUUACUUACAUAUAUGUAAAAGAAUCAUUGUCAAUUUUGGAACUUACGAUUGGAUUUUAUUCACAUCUAUAUUUGCGUUCAGUUUACCAUUUAGCAUAAUAAUCGCUGUAUUUGAAGGUUACGGUAAAGAUAAUUAUUGGUGUUAUAUGAAUAGGAUGAACAAUUUUAGUAGUAAAAUAUCGAUGAUCUGCUUGGUAAUACUUGCUUACAUCGUAAUAAUGACUACAACAUUUUGUUAUUUAAAGGUAAUCAAAACCAUUCAUGGGGUAGAAUUGAUGCUCGCUUCAAAGUUAUUCAAAUCCGAAUGGUGUCCAAUAAAACGUUAUAGACCUUCUUUCAUGACAAAUGAUGACGGUUUUGAUUUGAGACCUCCAAGUUUCUUUACUACGACCGUGUCAAUUCAAUCUAUUCCAACUGCAUCACAACAGACGAUCGCUUCAAACAUAACGAGAGCGACACGUAAAAUAACUGGGAGCGUUGCAAAAACUUUUGUUUUCUUAAAGAAUGAAUUGUUUUGUGAUAAGGUAGUAGUAAAUCAAAGGAAUAAUAUAAGAUCCGUUAAUUCAAUUACGCAAUGUUCUUUUGCUACGACUGGAUCAUUAACUUCCCUACCCAAAUCUCUUUUGACGUCGAUAGAAGAAUAUUAA